AUGCCGGCGGCGCGUGGCGUUAAACGUACAGCGUCCAAAUCAUCUACCGCGACGGCAGCGACCGUUCCCAAAAACAAGAAAAAACGUGGAGCGAUCCAGUUGGAGAUCCCACAAGCUCCGAAGCGCAGGGGACGUGUGCUAACUUGUGGCCAAGGAGAUGUAGGCCAACUGGGCCUUGGACAAGAUGUUGAGGAGACUUCAAAAUUCAUGUUUGUGACGGCAUUGGGUGACAAAAUCAUUGACGCGUAUGCUGGUGGCAUGCAUACUAUCGCUCUUGACAGUAGUGGGAAGGUGUGGACGUUCGGGUGCAACGACGAGGGAGCGCUGGGCCGCGCGACGUCGGACGACAGCGAGGAGGUGCUCCCUCGCGCCGUGGCGCUGCCGGCGCGCGCCGUGCGCGUGAGCGCGGGCGACUCGCACUCCGCCGCGCUGCUGCACAACGGGGACGUCUACGUGUGGGGCGCCUUCAGGGGUACGUACCCGCCCAUCCACACACCUACACCUCACACUCACUUUGUGCGCGUGAGCGCGGGCGACUCGCACUCCGCCGCGCUGCUGCACAACGGGGACGUCUACGUGUGGGGCGCCUUCAGGGGUACGUACCCGCCCAUCCACACACCUACACCUCACACUCACUUUGUGCGCGUGAGCGCGGGCGACUCGCACUCCGCCGCGCUGCUGCACAACGGGGACGUCUACGUGUGGGGCGCCUUCAGGGGUACGUACCCGCCCAUCCACACACCUACACCUCACACUCACUUUGUGCGCGUGAGCGCGGGCGACUCGCACUCCGCCGCGCUGCUGCACAACGGGGACGUCUACGUGUGGGGCGCCUUCAGGGGUACGUACCCGCCCAUCCACACACCUACACCUCACACUCACUUUGUGCGCGUGAGCGCGGGCGACUCGCACUCCGCCGCGCUGCUGCACAACGGGGACGUCUACGUGUGGGGCGCCUUCAGGGGUACGUACCCGCCCAUCCACACACCUACACCUCACACUCACUUUGUGCGCGUGAGCGCGGGCGACUCGCACUCCGCCGCGCUGCUGCACAACGGGGACGUCUACGUGUGGGGCGCCUUCAGGGGUACGUACCCGCCCAUCCACACACCUACACCUCACACUCACUUUGUGCGCGUGAGCGCGGGCGACUCGCACUCCGCCGCGCUGCUGCACAACGGGGACGUCUACGUGUGGGGCGCCUUCAGGGGUACGUACCCGCCCAUCCACACACCUACACCUCACACUCACUUUGUGCGCGUGAGCGCGGGCGACUCGCACUCCGCCGCGCUGCUGCACAACGGGGACGUCUACGUGUGGGGCGCCUUCAGGGGUACGUACCCGCCCAUCCACACACCUACACCUCACACUCACUUUGUGCGCGUGAGCGCGGGCGACUCGCACUCCGCCGCGCUGCUGCACAACGGGGACGUCUACGUGUGGGGCGCCUUCAGGGGUACGUACCCGCCCAUCCACACACCUACACCUCACACUCACUUUGUGCGCGUGAGCGCGGGCGACUCGCACUCCGCCGCGCUGCUGCACAACGGGGACGUCUACGUGUGGGGCGCCUUCAGGGGUACGUACCCGCCCAUCCACACACCUACACCUCACACUCACUUUGUGCGCGUGAGCGCGGGCGACUCGCACUCCGCCGCGCUGCUGCACAACGGGGACGUCUACGUGUGGGGCGCCUUCAGGGGUACGUACCCGCCCAUCCACACACCUACACCUCACACUCACUUUGUGCGCGUGAGCGCGGGCGACUCGCACUCCGCCGCGCUGCUGCACAACGGGGACGUCUACGUGUGGGGCGCCUUCAGGGGUACGUACCCGCCCAUCCACACACCUACACCUCACACUCACUUUGUGCGCGUGAGCGCGGGCGACUCGCACUCCGCCGCGCUGCUGCACAACGGGGACGUCUACGUGUGGGGCGCCUUCAGGGGUACGUACCCGCCCAUCCACACACCUACACCUCACACUCACUUUGUGCGCGUGAGCGCGGGCGACUCGCACUCCGCCGCGCUGCUGCACAACGGGGACGUCUACGUGUGGGGCGCCUUCAGGGGUACGUACCCGCCCAUCCACACACCUACACCUCACACUCACUUUGUGCGCGUGAGCGCGGGCGACUCGCACUCCGCCGCGCUGCUGCACAACGGGGACGUCUACGUGUGGGGCGCCUUCAGGGGUACGUACCCGCCCAUCCACACACCUACACCUCACACUCACUUUGUGCGCGUGAGCGCGGGCGACUCGCACUCCGCCGCGCUGCUGCACAACGGGGACGUCUACGUGUGGGGCGCCUUCAGGGGUACGUACCCGCCCAUCCACACACCUACACCUCACACUCACUUUGUGCGCGUGAGCGCGGGCGACUCGCACUCCGCCGCGCUGCUGCACAACGGGGACGUCUACGUGUGGGGCGCCUUCAGGGGUACGUACCCGCCCAUCCACACACCUACACCUCACACUCACUUUGUGCGCGUGAGCGCGGGCGACUCGCACUCCGCCGCGCUGCUGCACAACGGGGACGUCUACGUGUGGGGCGCCUUCAGGGGUACGUACCCGCCCAUCCACACACCUACACCUCACACUCACUUUGUGCGCGUGAGCGCGGGCGACUCGCACUCCGCCGCGCUGCUGCACAACGGGGACGUCUACGUGUGGGGCGCCUUCAGGGGUACGUACCCGCCCAUCCACACACCUACACCUCACACUCACUUUGUGCGCGUGAGCGCGGGCGACUCGCACUCCGCCGCGCUGCUGCACAACGGGGACGUCUACGUGUGGGGCGCCUUCAGGGGUACGUACCCGCCCAUCCACACACCUACACCUCACACUCACUUUGUGCGCGUGAGCGCGGGCGACUCGCACUCCGCCGCGCUGCUGCACAACGGGGACGUCUACGUGUGGGGCGCCUUCAGGGGUACGUACCCGCCCAUCCACACACCUACACCUCACACUCACUUUGUGCGCGUGAGCGCGGGCGACUCGCACUCCGCCGCGCUGCUGCACAACGGGGACGUCUACGUGUGGGGGCGCCUUCAGGGUACGUACCCGCCCAUCCACACACCUACACCUCACACUCACUUUGUGCGCGUGAGCGCGGGCGACUCGCACUCCGCCGCGCUGCUGCACAACGGGGACGUCUACGUGUGGGGCGCCUUCAGGGGUACGUACCCGCCCAUCCACACACCUACACCUCACACUCACUUUGUGCGCGUGAGCGCGGGCGACUCGCACUCCGCCGCGCUGCUGCACAACGGGGACGUCUACGUGUGGGGCGCCUUCAGGGGUACGUACCCGCCCAUCCACACACCUACACCUCACACUCACUUUGUGCGCGUGAGCGCGGGCGACUCGCACUCCGCCGCGCUGCUGCACAACGGGGACGUCUACGUGGGGGGGCGCCUUCAGGGUACGUACCCGCCCAUCCACACACCUACACCUCACACUCACUUUGUGCGCGUGAGCGCGGGCGACUCGCACUCCGCCGCGCUGCUGCACAACGGGGACGUCUACGUGUGGGGCGCCUUCAGGGACUCGCACGGCAGCAUGGGGCUGGUGGUGCGCGGUCGCGAGGCGAAGGCCAGCAAGGCGCCCGUCAAGCUGGAGCUGGGCGAGCCCGCCGUCGCACUCGCCUCGGGCGGGGACCACCUCGUCAUACUCUCGACGUCAGGCGCGGUGUACACGAUGGGCUGCGGCGAGCAAGGCCAGCUCGGCCGCCUGUCGCAGCGCUCGGCCUCGCGGGACGCGCGGCAAGGACUCAGUGCGCUGCUGGUGCCAGCCAAGGUGUCGCUGCGCGGCGGGGCGUCGCGCGUGUGGGCGGGGCAGCACGCCAGCUUCGCGCUCGACGCCGCGGGCAAGCUGCUCGCCUGGGGACUCAACAACUACGGACAGCUCGGAGUGACGGGCGAGAAGCGCAAGACGGCGCUGUACACGCCGACAGAGUGCGACGCGUUCAGCGCGCUGGGGGCGAGCUGGCGGGCCGUGGCGCCCGGACAGCACCACUCACUCGCGCUCGACGCCGCGGGGCAGGUCUACGCCAUCGGGCGCUGCGAGUACGGCAGAUUGGGCCUGGGCGAUCGACCAGGAGACGCUGAAGCCCUCGAGCCAGUUCCCGCGCUUCAAAACAAGAAAUGUGUCAGCAUAGCGGCUGGCACUAGCAACUCGUUUGCUGUCACACAUACUGGUGAAGUGGUAUCAUGGGGUAUGGGGUCUGAAGGGACCUUGGGUACGGGCCAGUCGUCGGACUGCACGACCCCCACCCCGGCCGUAACCCCGCCGCUAGCCCCCCGCGUGCCUGUACACAUCUCAGCUGGUGGACAACACACUGUUCUCCUUGUUGAGGAUCCAAAUCCACAAAAAGAGGAUUCCCCGCCCCCAGAAAGCGAGACCUCAGAACAAAAGACGGAACAGGACUCCCAAGAAUCGCAAGAAGAGGAUGAAGAGGAGCCGAAAAAUAAACGGCAAAAGUCGGAACAAGAAGGAGAGAUAUCUAGCACCUCGUCUGCACAACCCAGCGAGCUCGGAGACAACAAACCACAGAAGGUGAAUGGUGAUGAAAAGAAGGAGACGCCUAUGGAGGUGGAUGAAACUGACAAUUCCCAAAAAACAGACCAGAAAGAGGAUACAGAAACAAAAUCAGAGGAACAAACAACAGACAUGGAACAAACCGAAGCUGACCUAACACAAACAGAAGACUCCAAACCUGAGACCACAGACACAUCCAGCCAGGAGACGACGGACAGCGAUACCAAGUCGCAAGUCCAGGAGGAGAUUCAAGAACCACAGAAAGAUGUUGAAAUGGCCGAGGAACGGACAGAGGUGAACGGUACACCAGAGAGUCAAAUCGUUGAACCUAAGUCUGUGGAAGUUCCAAGUGGUAACCCCAUAACCACCACAGCGUGA